CUCUUCAGUCUGAGUCUGUGUUCGGCGAUGACAGGCUACGGAGCCGCCACCAUGGACAGGAGGAGCCGGGACGCACAGAUAAAGUCCGGUGUCUCUGCGGACAGUGUCCAUCCAUGACCGGACAGGACAGUUCGGAGCGUUCAGCGGGAAUUCAAGCCUCUUGUGUCAGUAGACUGGGUCGCUGUUGACUGGAAACAGGAAUAAUGCUGCCGUGGAAGAAGAAUAAGUUCGACCUGAUAGAGGAAGAUAAGCAGUCCAAGCAGAAGGGCUAUGCGGUCAGCCUGCACUACUCUGCGCUCACCUCUUUGGCCAGGUCGUGUCCGGAGAGCGCACUGAGCAGGGUGGGCAGCAUGUUCAAGUCCAAGCGCAAAAAGGUCAAGAUCACCAGCGAGGACCCCACCUACACGGUGCUGUACCUGGGCAACGCCACCACCAUCCAGUCCAAGGGGGACGGGUGCACGGACGUGGCCGUGAGCAAGAUCUGGGGCAAGAGCGAAAUGGGCAAGAACGGCACCAAGAUGCGCCUGACCAUCAGCUCCCAGGGCAUCCGGAUGGUGCACGUAGACGACAAGGCGCGGAGGCCGGGACACCUGUACCUGCUGCACCGGAUCACCUACUGCGUGGCCGACCCCAGGCUCCCCAAGAUUUUCGCGUGGAUUUACCGGCACGAAAUGAAGCACAAAGCCGUGAUGCUGCGCUGCCACGCGGUGCUGGUGUCCAAGCCGGAGAAAGCCAAGGCCAUGGCCCUGCUGCUCUACCAGACCUCCGCCACGGCCCUGGCCGAGUUCAAGAGGCUGAAGAGACGGGACGACGCCCGGCACCAGCAGCAGCAGCUGAUCGGGGAGCAGAGCAUCCCCCUGGUGCCGCUGCGGAAGCUGCUGAACGGACAGUGUUACUACAAACCCCCGGUGGAGCGGAGCCGGAGCGCACCCAAGCUGGGCUCCAUCACGGAGGACUCAGUGGGGGAGGAGGAGGAGGAGAAGGCGGCCAUGCACUUUGAGUGUGAGGACAUCCUGGACAAUGAGUGCGUGUCCAACGGCAAACAGGAAUUAACUCAGAUCAUUAAUGACUUAGUGGAGAUGAGCAUCGGAAACGACGUGCAGACUCUGAAGGCGGACCUGAGGGUCACCAGGCUCCUGUCCGGGGAGAGCACGGGCAGCGAGUCCUCCAUAGACAGUAACCAGGACCCCCCCGCGGCCCCCCCAGGAGGAGGAGGCUUCCAGGAGGUCAAGGUGCAGGAAAUUGCCUAAGAAUGUGUUUGGCAUCUGCAGGAGCCGCGCAUGCGUUGAAUUUGUGAAGCCAUGAUGUUUCCACUGGAAACCUGUCCUCUGUUGUCCCCAGGUUCUGGACUCUGUUUGUCUGAUUUGUGCCUCGACAACUAAUUGAAAGGAUCGAUACAAACCUCUAAUGGUUCCAGGACAAAAAACCAGCACAUGCGCAUACUUUUGGGCAAAUGAGUUCUACUUUAAAAGUCUAAAUAAAUAAAUACAACAGUGAACCUCCUCAGACCCAGCUCUGGGUUUACUGUCCAUGUGAGGACAAGAGUUAAACAGCUUUGUACAAAAUAAAACCUGUCCACCAAAGGACAGGCCAGAAAAGGGUCUGAUGCAUCAUGAUGUUUCCAAUGUAGGCAGUUAUUUAAUUACAAAAAGCCAAAUCUUGUACUUUCUGGACAUUUCCUGGGUCUCAGGAGGUUAAAAACAACAACAACCAAAAAAACUAAACUCCAUUUAAAAAAAGCUUGUCUAUUUUGAGAGACAGUUGAACGGACAGAAUCCCAGUGCGCAUUAGGAUGUACAACACUAAUUCCAUCUCUUUUAAGAGGAUUUGUUGGAGCCUCAGGCUUGUUUACCCGAUGUUUUUUCUCUCUUGAAAAUAACAUUUUCUUUUUCAUUUUUCUUUUGAAAAAUGUCCAUCAUGAUCAGAAAACAUUCCACUUUAAAGCACAUUUCCUCUUUAGUGGUUCUGUUGGUCGUUAAAGGCGUCCUUAUUUUGGUUUUGGGGUGCUUUUGUGCCCGCCUGCUCAUUUCUGUUCAUUUUGCACUGUUGUGGAGCUCAUUCAUUAUGUUGACUACCAUGUACAUAUAAUGUCUGUUGGUAUGUUGUCUGAAACAUGAAUGUCAUAUCUUUGCUGUGCAAAAGAAAACCACCUUUUAUGUAUUAUGUAAAAUGUUAAGUAAGAUGUUUAAAGUAUAAAUUUGUUAUUUUUUAAAGAACAAAAAAAUGUGGUUUGUUAUGUGAACCUCAGAAACUUAACAAUAAACAGAAAUUAAUAUAAAAGUG